AUGGACCUCAGAGACGUUUGUGCUGGAUAUCCAGCCACAAGCCAUGAAACCCUUCAUCUACAGCGCGUGGACACCGUCGCCCCCGUUUGUACAUCUCCUCCUUCUCUGUCUCAGUCCUCAUCACCAAGUCCGGCCAUGAGCAUUUCGGGAUAUCCCAGGGUCUCGUCACUGCACAGCUAUCGCAGACACCUCUCACACGGGCAGUCGUCAACGGAGGUUGAAGGCCAUGACGGUAAGAAGCUCAGGCGGAAGCACGCUACAUUGAACUUGAACCAGAUGCCAACAUGUGGUGAGCAUCAUUCUGUCUCUCCCUUAUCUAUCUCAUCGCCCGCAUCAAGUCCACCGCCGCUGUCGCCGUCUUCGUCGCCGAGUGCGAUGAGUGAGCAGGGCCCCGAGAGUCUCGAUGGAUUCCUUUUAUCGCCUAGUCCGGUGGACUUGAGUAUUCCCUGCGAACGGUUUGGGAACAGACGGAAUCCGUACAAAAUCCUGGAUACCUUCCGCGAUAGACUCGAGAAGUAUCCGGAUCCAGAUCCAGCUUCUUCAAUCUGCGGACACAGCAAGACCUACUCCGACUCUGUGCUCUUCAACGUGAACAAAAAUCCAACCGCGACCAUCGUCAACCACAACGGCACCUCGUUCGAGAUCCUUAACCCUCACGAAUCGUUGCGCUUUGCGCGCAUCGUCUCCUACAUUGAAGACGUGGAUACCUACUCAUCCCGCGAUUCAUCCCGCAACCACCGAGACUCGUACCGCUCUGACGAUGCUAUUCCGGAAUUUGAGACCUCGUCCAUCGACAGGGGCGACCCAUGUGGAGAAAAAGUUGAGGUCGAAGCCCAGAAAGUUCAUCACGAUCUUGUCGGCGAUUGUCCGCAUCUUCCCAUGCCGUCGAUCUCCGAGCGAUUAGAGAAAACUAACGCGGGCUCAAUCUACACCUCUGACUGCCAUCGUAGUCCCAUACCUCGGAGUUCAUCGAGGUUGUGGACUGCGCAGUCAUACGGCAGCGGCGAGCUGGGUGAGCCAGGAUCUCCAAUCUACGAUGACGAUCUCCCUUCAUCCCAUAACCUCUGGCCCAAGACUACCGACUACAGCCAGUUCUUGCAGACGGGAUAUCCUGAGACGGAAAUACAGUGUCAACGGCGUUCGACUCGGCGUUCAACAAGUAAUCGCAGGAAACGAACAAAUAAGGGACCGUUUCGGCGAUUGUGUGGGUUUGCGACUGCGUUGCGCAAAAGACGUCUCUUCCGGGGAGAAGCGAUGGCACAUUAA